AUGGACAGGAAUGCUGCUGCUGCUGCUGCUGCUGCUGCUGCUGCUGCUGCUGCUGCUGCUGCUGCUGCUGCUGCUGCUGCUGCUGCUGCUGCUGCUGCUGCUGCUGCUGCUGCUGCUGCUGCUGCUGCUGCUGCUGCUGCUGCUGCUGCUGCUGCUGCUGCUGCUGCUGCUGCUGCUGCUGCUGCUGCUGCUGCUGCUGCUGCUGCUGCUGCUGCUGCUGCUGCUGCUGCUGCUGCUGCUGCUGCUGCUGCUGCUGCUGCUGCUGCUGCUGCUGCUGCUGCUGCUGCUGCUGCUGCUGCUGCUGCUGCUGCUGCUGCUGCUGCUGCUGCUGCUGCUGCUGCUGCUGCUGCUGCUGCUGCUGCUGCUGCUGCUGCUGCUGCUGCUGCUGCUGCUGCUGCUGCUGCUGCUGCUGCUGCUGCUGCUGCUGCUGCUGCUGCUGCUGCUGCUGCUGCUGCUGCUGCUGCUGCUGCUGCUGCUGCUGCUGCUGCUGCUGCUGCUGCUGCUGCUGCUGCUGCUGCUGCUGCUGCUGCUGCUGCUGCUGCUGCUGCUGCUGCUGCUGCUGCUGCUGGAUGCAUUGUUCUUCCCUGA